CAGACGCGAGAUACGCGCAUCGUUGAAAAUGUGACCGAGCAUUUGCUCCCUAAGCUAUGUAACGAUUUGUUGUUUCACGUUACAAUAACAAGUGUUACCGAUAAGUAAUCGUUAUCGUGCGAAAGUUAAAAAAGAAAAAAAAAUCAUUAAACGUGACAUACUUGCGAUUAGCGAUUUAAUGACAGCUGACAAGACACCAUAAGCAAUCCUUAACUUGAAAAUUGGCAAAUUUUCGUAUAAACUAUUUUUGAAAACACGCAUUUCCAGAGUGACAAUGUAAUAAGGAAUCGUUGACUGGAUAGUUUUUUUUUAUAUUAAAAAAAUCAGUGACUUCCAACUGGGAUAGCAGAAUCAUCGAAACUCAAGAGGGUCCAGUGAUACAAAGACGUCGGAAACAGUGGAGGAGAAUUAGUGACCAGGCAUCUUGUCCCAAGGACAUCGUAAUUACAGAUGAAGCUGCACGAGAAAAAGGAAUCCGGUAUCCAUCGGGUGCAGGAGGUACCGCUCGAGGAGUUGGACCUCACCAAGGAGUACAAUGUUGAGAAGACACUGGGGGAGGGUAGUUUUGCAAAGGUCCUUCUGGCAAUGCACAGGCGGACGCAGACCAGGGUGGUCCUCAAGGCUGUGCACCAGGAGCUCACGACGGAGAAGGACUUCUUCAGGGAGUUUCAUUACUCCUAUCAUCUGAGUCCACAUCCGAAUAUUCUGAGCUCGUAUGCAGUAGCGUUCAAGGCCGAAAAGUGCUACAUAUUCGCCCAGGAAUACGCGCCCUUCGGUGACCUGGCUGGUAACGUCAAAGCCGGAGGACUCAGUGAGGACGUCUGCAAGAAGAUGGCAGAGCAGUUGGCGUCAGCGUUGGACUUUUUACAUUCUAAGCAACUGGCCCACAGGGACGUCAAGCUGGAGAACAUCCUGGUGUUCGCGCAGGACAUGUCCAAAAUCAAACUCUGCGAUUUUGGCUGCACGAAGAAGGAAGGCACCCUGGUGAACAAGAUCCGCUGCACCUGGGUGCCAUUCCUACCACCUGAAAUUCAUGAGGUCAUCAAAAACGAGAGAUACACCUGUAAGAGGAGCGCUGAUUGUUGGCAAUUCGGUAUUGUUUUGUUUGUAUGCCUGACCGGAAAUCCACCCUGGCAGAGUGCCGACCUCAUCCAGGAUCCCGAUUACUCAGGCUUCCAGAGGUGGCUCAAGAGGAGGACCACCAAGAUACCUCCGAUGUUCAGACGGUUCACUCCGCGGCUUCUGCGUUACUUCCGGCGCAUCUUUGAACACAAACCUGAGAAACGAGCGAGCGUCACGGAAGUCAACAAGUACCUGAAAGACUCCUGGUGCGUGAGCAAGCUCAGCCAUAGCGCCACCUCGACGUCGGUCGACGUCAGCGAGAGUCUGGCCAAGCGGGGUGACUCUCUACUCUACCUCAACACCCUCGUCGACGACAAGAGCAACGUCGAUGAGAACAAGAACAAGCUCCGUAAGUUACUUAACAGUUACGGUCUGGAAACGACCGUGGACCAGAAGGUCGUCACCAAGAGGAUCUGGGAGUGGGUGAUGCAAUGUGAUUCGAACAUGGGUGAACCAGGAUUGAUCGGUGGAUUGAAUAACGAACCCAUGUGAGGGAUGGCUAGGUCCGCGAGUGAACCGAUCCUAAGGGCUAAUCGUCAUCAGCGAAAGUUUAGCUACUGCGGCGACAUCAUCACGGUAAAACCACAAGAGUGAAAGCUUCGUGGCUGAAGGUUGAUGGCGCCUUGAACUUUGAAAUUCUCGCAUUCUGCAUUACGGUCUUUCAUCCAAAAAUAUUUUUUUUAAAUUUGGAUGAUGGCUCGUGCAACAUUCUAAAAUUUAUGUCUACCCUGGAAUAAUCGUGAUAUUUUAGAGAGACUCGAAUUACGAAGUAGUUCUCUUUUUUCUUUUCUAAAUAAGUGAUACUUAGACUGUAGUAGUUUACCUGAGAACCCAAUAAGAUUGUAAAUCGUUAGAGUGCGAAUGCUGCUGAAUGUCUAGUUGUAGAGUAUAAAAGUCCAGGUGUGACAGGGGAGACAGUGAAAGUGUGCGUUGAACCAAGUAGUAUGAUUUUGAAGAAUAAGGAAAUAAGAGAAAUUAAUUUUACAAAAUAUAGAAACGGCAACGACCAUAGACUGCUCCGGUUACACCCACUGCGGGCUAUAGAGACAAUAACAUUUCCAUAAUUAAGAAUACGAUAAUUUAAUUUAACGAUAACUCGAAUUCGCAUUGAUCGCGCACUGGCCUUAUAUAACGUCUAACCAUGUCUUACACGAGUACAGAAAUACGUGUGGACCUAGACUAUUCAUCGCAUCCAUGCUCCACUUCCUCGUCGAUUAUUUAUUCUCUAUGAAAUCCGAUAGAGCAGCAUCAAGCUGAGGUAAACAAAGUCUAUUAGGGCAAAGGAAAAAAAAAAAGAAAAUCCCAAAUCUUAAUAUAACUGCCCCUGGCAACAAAGAA